AUACCCCCCACAAGUUUUCACUUUUUAGUCUGUGACUCCCUCACUGUCUCCCAGUCCUUCAGUCAAUCUGUGCUGCCCUCGUCAUCGUCACUUUGUGGAGUCUGAAAACAAACAGAAGCCAAGAUGUCUGAGGGAAAGAAGAUGACAUCCAGCCGCAGGCAUCACCUCAAGAGUUUGAUGCUGCAGAUUGCUGCUAGCUGGCUGGAGCAGGAAACUAAAGAUAUUGAAGCGGCCAAAGAAGCUUACAUGGCAGAGAAAUGCCCAACACCUGACCUGAGUGGAGAACAGGCAGCUCUGAUUGAAAUCUGCAAAAAGCUGUACCAGUCCUUGGACAAAAUUGAUGAGGACAGAUAUGACGCUGAGGCCAAAGUGUUAAAGACAGACAAUGAGAUUGAUGAGCUGAAGAUGAAGGUGGUUGAGCUGGCCGGGGUGAAGAAGCCCGCCCUGAAGAAGGUCCGCAUGUCUGCUGACGCCAUGCUGCAGGCUCUGCUGGGAGGAAAACACAAGGUGACCAUGGACCUGAGGUCCAACCUGAAGCAGGUCAAGAAGGAGGUCAAAGAGGAGGGUGCUGAGGCUGUGGGCGACUGGCGUAAGAACAUUGAGGACAAAGCUGACAGGAAGAAGAUGUUUGAGACCUCUUAAAGACUUUCACAUUCAACUUUCCGUUUUCACUUCACUCUGGGCCGCGACACCCGCUCCAACAUUUUUUCCAUUUUAUGGAAUUGGAAAACCUUGUGUCAUUAAAUCAGUUGUUUUUUUGAAUAAGGCAAAGCUGUGA